AUGAAGUGCUUUGCCGUUGCCACCGUUGCUCUCGCGGCUCUCACCGAGGUCGCCUCAGCUCAUUAUAUCUUCCAGUACCUUACUGCCAACGGUGCUAAGGGUGGUCUGUUCCAGAACAUUAGGCCUGUCCCAAACAACAGCCCCGUUACAAGCCUCUCUAGCAACGACCUCCGCUGCAAUGUAGGCGGAGGCAGCGGCAGCAGUACCACCACAGUAUCAGUAGCUGCUGGAUCUUCCGUCUCUUUCACGGCAGACCAGGCGGUAUAUCAUCAGGGACCCACAUCCUUCUACAUGACCAAGGUCAAUUCCGCAGCUUCCGCAGACGGUUCAAGCGACUGGUUCAAGAUCAAGGAGAUUGGACCUACUUUCUCCGGAGGCCAGGCCACCUGGGAUCUUUCGACCACCUACUCCGCCACCAUCCCUUCCCAGCUCCCCGCUGGAGAGUACCUCCUCCGCAUCGAGCAGCUCGCUAUCCACAAUCCUGGGUCGACACCACAGUUCUACAUCUCGUGCGCACAGGUCAAGGUCACUGGCAGUGGCUCUGGCAAGCCCUCGCAGGUCGUAAAAAUUCCCGGGCAUAUCAAGGCCACCGACCCCGGCUACACUGCCAACAUCUACAGCAACUUCAACAGCUACACUGUGCCAGGACCCAAGGUCGCCACCUACUAG